ACGGUCAACACAACAUCAACAUCGACAUCAUGUCGUCGUGGGCUGUUUCCACCAUUGAGCUAUGCGAAGGCGCGUCUAAUGCCAAGAAUGGAGCUGAGGCAUCAAGUCAUCGCGGAUUGCUGCGUCUGGCGUGGCAAACGUUCUCCUCGAGGAUUCAGCAGUUGGGCGGUUUUCUGCGAAGGGAAACGAAUAAACCGCUUCCCAAGGAAUUGCGUCGAUCGUUGCGGCUAAAUAAAUCGGCAAAGCGGAAGGGCUAUCAGUUUUAUGAGAGUGCUGCAGAUAAAAAACGGAAAGAAGAAUAUUUGAAUCAACCCAUCAAUAUAAACAUACGCGUGGGACCAGCCUAUGAGUAUAGGCCAUCGAAUUGCUAGGGGAAUAUAAAUAAUGUACUUAAAAUAAUUAUCUAAUAAGAUAGCUUAGUAAUUAUAAUGAUUAUAAAAUUAGUUAAUUA